AUGGUUGCUGCCUGCUCCGCCAACUUAAGCGCCCUUCAGCACGCCUGUAGCUUACAGAGGGACAAUGAAGCACUGAAAGCUCGCCUGGAGGAAAUAGAGAUGCCCCUGCCUCCUCGCGAUCCUCUCAACCCCACACCCGGGGAUCUGGCUCACUAUCUUCGCUUGAUUGGAGAGUCUGCCGGAUUGGCCCGCGAUAUUUCUCAUGUGGCUUUUGACAAGAUCAAGGCAUUAGAACUAGCUUUACAGACCAGUGAGUCGGAGUUGACCUCCGAGGUAGAAAAGCGCCAAGAGUUAGAGGCUGAGCUGGAGAAGAAGGAUGCCCAAUUGGCUAUCUCACAAGAAACCCAGGAGAGCCUUCAAAAGACCUUGGCAGAAGUUCAAAAUCAACUGGCUUCUAACGCUGAUCGGGAGAAGGCUCUUCAAAGCCAAUGGGAGGCCAGCCAGGCAACUCUUAAAGCUAUGCAGGCCGACCUUCUGAAGAUUCAAGAGGAUGUCUCCCAAGGUCAAGAAGCCCUGAUUCAAGCCCAGGCUGACCAGAAGAAAGCAGAGACACAGCUGGCCGAGUAUCAAGCAGGCAAAUUAUGGUCUCAGACAGAUGUUCCCACCAGCUCUCUGAAAAUAAAAGGUCGUCUGGCCACUCUAUGGGAAGAAAGCCUGCGGCAUAUGGAUUCUUUGCCUCCCCCGGCCCAAAUGGAUCAAUUUGCAAAGUUAUAUAUCAAGGCAUGUGCAGAAUCUCUAAUAAUGAACUAUUCCUUCCAUGCUACUCAUCAUCAAAAUAAGAUGUUAGGAGACCAUGUUGCUGAACUGGAAUUACAACUGAAUAAUCCUGCCCAGGCCAGCCAUGCUCUACGAGCAGAGAUAAAAUCUUUGACCAGUAGGGAAAAUAGUCUAGAAGUGUCCCUAGCCCUAACUAAGCACGAACUUGAAGAGCUUCGGGAGAAGCAGAGUCAGGCUGAUAAUGUACACCAAUAA